UGGUCGUCGAGUUUGGGAAGUCGAUCGCUCCAUGCUGCAAUCUUCUGCAAUUGCGUGCGAUAUGUUAAUGCUCGUCCAGUUCGAGGACAAGGUGGCGCACAGCCUCUGUGCUGUCAAGGCUACACAAGCCUAGGUGAAGAGUCUCCAAUGAGCAAUGUUCCGUGGUGCCAAGUAUCCCAGACGCCUAUGCCAGGCUUCUCUCGCUCCAGCCCGCAAUGAACACCUCCUUCGAAGUGGUGAAGGUCGUCAGAAAGCCGCAGACAGCUUCGACGUCAAUGAACUGCUCAGUCGAAUCUCUCUAGUCGACCAAAUUAAAGCUCGUGAGCUUGGGACAGUGAACCGCGUAAGUGAUGUGCCGACACAAAACCAAAGAUGCAGUAUAUCCUACAAAGCUCAGAUGUUGCAAGGUAGAGGUAUGGAAUGUUUUCAGGCAUGUAAGCUCAGCCUCUUCAAGGCUGAAGGCAGUAAGGUGAAGAUGCUCCAGCCACAAUUGACAGGUGGACGCUGACUGUGAAGAUACAAGCAGCGCGCACAGCUUGGGGAACAGAGUGUCGCAGGCGUUAUGAAGUACCAGACCUCGCAACUCCUUGCAAUUGCGAGUCAAGCUUCCAUGAAGUUAAAGACCGCUAGUGCUGUCAAUAUCGCGAUACAUGGUGAAGGACUGUAAGAUGACAGCGAUGUGGAGGCCGUUGCGAGCAGAUCAUCACUGAUAUCGCCUGCGGGUGAUGCUCUCUAAGCAGGUAACGGCCUUCUGUCAUGUGCAAAGGAGUACGAUCGCCUCCUCAUCGAGGCUUAUCGGUGGAUUAACAU